AUGAUCACUUUCCGCGGCAUAACAGGCCUCGUGGGCUUUGAUCAGUCGGGAUUCAGGUCCAGCCUCGUGGGCUUUGAUCAGUCGGGAUUCAGGUCCAGUAUUACGUUAGAUGUGAUGACCAUCGACUCGGAAGGCCUGCAAAAGAUUGGCAUUUGGUCCGAGGAUAGCAAACUAGACAAUGGGCUCAACAUAAGCACGCAAUGGAUUAACCACUACUCGAUGCUCACCCUACAAAACACCCACCUAGUUAUCACCACGGUGCUCAACGACCCGUAUACCAUGGUUAAGGAGUCGAGUUUUAAACGUAGUGGGAAUGACCAGUUUGAGGGCUAUGCCAUCGAUUUGAUACAGGAGCUGUCAAAGCUCCUACACUUCAAAUACGAGUUUAGAUUAGUAAAGGACAUGGCGUAUGGUAGGCCCGAUAAGAACGGCACCUGGAACGGUAUGAUAGGAGAGCUGAUCCGAGGGGAGGCCGACAUAGCGGAGCGGCUAGAGUGGUAUUGGAGGUUUGCACUCCUCCGCCAGCUGAAAUGGGUGGUCACCUCGCUAUUCUCGUUUUUGUCGCCCUUUUCCAACAUCGUGUGGAUCUACGUGGUGGGCGCCUACGUAGGGGUGUCGUCCAUGCUGUUCAUCGUGGGUCGACUGUCCCCCUACGAGUGGGAGAACCCCCAUCCCUGUCGUAAGGAAAACCAGGUGCUCGAGAAUGGGUUCAGUUUGUCGAAUAGCUUCUGGUUCACCAUAGGCUCGCUUAUGCAACAGGGGAACGACCUAUCGCCUAAAGCCAUGUCUACACGCACAAUAGCGGGCAUAUGGUACUUUUUCACCCUGAUCAUGAUCGCCUCGUACACCGCCAAUUUGGCCGCCUUUCUAACGGUCGAGAAGAUCGUGUAUCCCAUUGUCGUACUUCUCAUUGAAUUUGUAUUCAAGUCUCGGUUUGACGCAAGACUUGGAUGA